AUGGAUGAGGAAAUUUACGAUGAAUUUGGUAACCUCAUAGGAGGCGAGAAUGACUCACUUGCUAGUUCUUCUGAGAGUGAAAUCGAAAAUAUCUCCGGAGAAAAAUCUGAGGAAGAGUCAGACGUUGCAUCCCACAAUGAGAACGAAUCGCCACAACAAAACAACCAGCAAUUGGUGCCCACUUUUGAGAAGGUAUAUGGAAACGAAGUGGAAGUGUUGAUUGAGCAAGAAGACGCGCAGGAUAUCAACGUUCCCCUAGUACAACCUGAAAUUGUAAAAUCUGUCAAAAUUGAAGAAACUGACCUUCCCUCAACUACUUACUCCAAGGACUAUUUAGCCCAAUUAAGCCAGAUACCAGAGCGAGUGAUUAAUUUGGCCUUUGUGGGAAAUUUGCAUUCAGGGAAGACAAGCUGCAUUGAUAUGUUCGUUGAAGAUACUCAUGACUAUGUCAACCAAGAAGCACACUCUUCGAAGAACUACAAACCCCAAAGAUAUACUGACACUUAUAAACUAGAGAUUGAGAGGCAAACCUCCAUCAAAUCAACUCCCAUUACAAUUCUGGGUACCAACUUAGCAGGCCAGUCCUCUGUCCUGAAUAUUAUAGAUACUCCAGGCCACAUUGAUUUCCUUGAUGAACUAGCCGUGAGCCUUAGAGCAGUUGACAAUGCUGUAAUCGUGCUGGACUGUUUGGAAGGACUAACUAUUGGAACCGAGCUUGUGAUAGAGAAUUGUUUAAAAACAGGAACCAAUAUGAUUCUUAUGGUUAACAAGUUUGACCGAUUGAUUUUGGAACUCAAACUACCUAUUCAAGAUGCUUAUUUCAAGCUUCGUCAUGUUAUCGAACAAGUCAACCUUUUUAUCAAAGAAUCUCCGUAUCUGACCAAAAAUUAUAAGAGCAAGAGACUUUCUCCGGAGUUGGGCAAUGUAUGCUUUUCAUCGACUACUUUCAAUACGUGUUUCACGUUGUACAGCUUUGCCGAGUUAUACGUCCAAACUAGACAGUUAACAGUACACCCUGCUGAACUUUCGAAAAGGUUAUGGGGCGAUGUUUUCUACGAUCCGGAAACACGUAAAUUCAGCAAGAAGGGGAAAGAUCGUUCAUUUAUCAAGUUUAUCUUAGAACCAAUAUAUAAACUGGUUUCCAUCACAAUAACCAAGACACCAGAAGAUUUAUCCCUUUCGUUAGCUAAGUUGAAUAUUACUGACAUCUCCAAAAAAUCUCUCCAACUAGAUUCUCAGAUUUUGUUAAAGAUCAUUUUCAAAAGAUUUUUUGGAAAACCAUUGCAGGCUUUUACUUCAUUAUUAAACAAAUCUGCUGUUUCACCAGUGGAAUCUACAGAAACAAAGUUUUCGUCAAUCUAUCAUGGUCCUCACAUUUCUUGUGAUAGCGCAAGGCCAUUAGUAGCAGUCAUCACUAAAUUAUUAGACGCAUCACAAGGCACCAGCUUUCUCGGUCUUUGCCGAGUAGUUUCAGGAACACUUGAGAGGGGCUCUCAAAUCACUGUGAUUGGAGAGGGAUUUUCUGAGUCUUAUGAUGAGGACUCUGUAACUGUUCCAGUGAGUGCUUUGUUCAUCCCAGGAGGGAGAUAUCAGAUUCCAGUCUCUAAGGUCUCAGCGGGCAAUAUAUGCCUUCUAUCAUCCAAUGAAAAUUUCGAUAACUUUAUCUCUAGGCAAGUAGUCAUUUACGAUUCAUCCAACCCAGAAAAGUUCAAUGUGGAACCUAUCGAUUACAUAUUGACCCCAGUGCUGAAAGUUGCUCUUCAACCCAUGAAUCUCUCAGAGACUCCUAAGUUUUUAACAGGAUUACGCAAAAUCAAGAAAUCAUUUCCUGGAUCGCAGAUUAAAGUGGAAGAGAGUGGGGAGCAUGUUGUGAUUGGAUCUGGAGAAUUUUACAUGGAUUGUUUGCUACAUGACCUGAGAUAUCUUUACACAGAUAUUGAAAUAAAGGUCAGCGACCCAGUAACGAAGUUUAUGGAAUCAUGCAUUGAAAGCUCCAAGGUAAGGAUACCUGUGGAAUCAUCAAAUGGCAAAAAUUCUAUUUCUAUAAUAGCGGAGCCUUUGGAACCGGAAAUUGCAAAAGAUAUGGAGAGCGGUCGAAUAGAUGUCCAGUAUCGCCAAAGCAAUUUGAAGUAUGAAAGGUUUAUUUCUCGGUGGUUCAAGGAAUAUGGAUGGGAUUCGUUAGCUGCCAAUUCGAUAUGGAGUUUGGGACCUGAGAGUCAUGACACAAAUAUUCUUAUCGAUGAUACACUACCUGACGAGGUUGAUAAAAAAGCUUUGAAAGGACUUCAAGAUUCAGUUGUUCAGGGAUUCAAGUGGGCUGCUAGAGAAGGGCCAUUGUGUGAUGAACCAAUUAGCAAUACCAAAUUCAAGAUAAUUGAAGCUUCCCUAGCUUCAAGUCCUUUGGACGCUAAUGGAGGGCAAAUUAUCCCAAUGGUAAGAAAAGCAUGUUACCUAGCCCUGAUGAUUGCAACACCUAAAUUGAUGGAGCCAGUAUAUCAGAUUGAUAUCCUUUGUCGAAGUGAUGUCGUUGGUAAACUUGAGAAGCUACUGGAUAAAAGAAGAGGCACGAUACUGCAUGAUACUCCAAUUGGUGGCACUCCAUUGUACAGAGUUGUGGGAAUGGUACCCGUUAUUGAUUCUUUUGGACUAGAAACGGAUAUAAGAGUCAUGACCCAAGGACUAGCUACAUGUCUGCUACAUUUCGCCAGAUGGGACGCAGUUCCUGGGGAUCCACUGGACGAACAUGCUUUUAUACCACAGUUAAAGCCGGCGCCCUUCAACUCGUUGGCCCGUGAUUUUGUUACCAAAACUAGAAAGAGAAAAGGAAUAGGACAGGAUCCGUCGUUAACAAAAUACCUUGACGAGUCCGUAGUUAUGGAGUUAAAAGAAAGUGGUGUUAUCUAA